AAGCCAGUGAACUAUAGUAACUUGCAUGUCGAAUGGAGAGGCCAGGGUGGCCUAUUGCACCAGCACAAUUGCAUUGUCGAACUUGGACGUAUUUGGAGUCGAAUAGGGUGAUGAGAUUGACGAAAAAACGAAGGAUCAGAUGGAACAUAGUAGACAAUCGAUCAACAGAACAGCUCAUUACCAGCGGCAGAAUAAUCGAUGGAUGCAAGAUGUACUCUUAUGGACCACAUUAUUGCAUACCAUCGCCUCUUGGAUCUGAAGAUACUCACACAUGGUUGAAGUUUGGCUGGAAAAAUAGAUGACAUCUGAGAAGUAGUGAUAGCUUCUGCCAUAUUCUACUUGAAUACAUCUGUGAUGAAUAUGUUAACGGUUCAAAAAAAGGCUAUGAUUCCUGGGACGAUAAUAGUAUCUAUUGCUGCAAUGUAUAUUAUCAACUAGUCGAGUUUGGCCCAAAAAUAAACAUCACAAAACGCCGCUCAAAUCACACGCAUGCGAUAAUAUUGGACGCGUAACAUUGACCAACUCCAACACUCACACACGCAUCGUCCAGCCGCAUUUCGACUCCUAAUACCGCUUCCUCUCGACAUUUUCUUCAGUAUCUUCCCGAAGAACUCACAUCAAACAUAAAAUGUCCAGCGGAGUGGGAGUUCAGGAUAGUGCCGUGGAGGCAUUCCAGGAGCUAAAGUUGAAGAAGAAGUACCGCUAUAUCAUUUACAAGAUCAACGACAACAAUACCGAAAUCGUGGUGGAAAAGACUGUGGAAAGUGCUGACUACGAAGACUUUGUAGCAUCCCUGCCAGCAGAUCAGUGCCGCUACUGCGUGUAUGACUUCCAGUACGACACGGCUGGAGAGGGAAUUAGGAACAAAAUCCUCUUCUACGUGUGGUCGCCGGACACGUCGAAAAUCAAGCAGAAGAUGUUGUACGCAGCUAGCAAGGACGCUUUGAGGAAAAAGCUUGAUGGUAUCUACACCGAAAUUCAGUGCACCGAUCUGUCUGAAGUUAGUCACGACACUGUGUUGGAUAAGGUGACGCGGAUGACCAGUUAAAUGUUCCUUUGAAUCGAAAAUAUGCCCAUAGAACUGAAAUUGAAGGCUUGGAUUUUUUCGUUAUUGCUGCAAUAACAUUGUCAUGUUCGCCGAGUGUCGUCUUGAGGCUAUCCAUAUCGAGAAUAUACUGUAAUUAUUGUGGCACGCUCGGUGUUCAUGGGCAUUAGUGGAAAUAUGAUUUUCCAGCGAGUUUCAACCGAGACGCUUUCAGCACAGCAGGCGGCAAAAUGGCUUCCAGAACGCCGACAAACCAUUGUAUUAGCUCAGUUUCGGCUUGGUGGCAGCGAAGGGUGUGCAUGAAUCAGAGUAUUGUGAGAAUCAAG